CACUCCUCUUCUCGCUACUCCAGUGUCUCCUCUCCUCUCCUGCAGUCGGGUCUUGAGGCAGGCAGACAGGCACAGACACACGUGCACACUCUCUCCUCUCCGCUCCUCUUACUUCUCUCCUCUCCACCAGAGGCCAUGAGCUCCUACAGCAGCCGCAGCUACGUCUCCUCGGGAGGCUCCAUGCGCGGAGGUCCCCUCACCUCCUCCCGCGUCUCCAUGGUGUCCAGCUCCAUGGGAGGCGGAGGCGGUGGCGGCUUCGGAGGCGGCUACGGAGGCGGCUACGGAGGCGGCAUGAGCAUGGGCAUGGGCGGUGGUCGCAUCUCGUCCAUGCGUGCCGGCAGCGUGUACGGCGGCGCCGGUGGUUCCGGAGUCCGCAUCUCCACAGCCUCCUAUGGUUCCGGUGGCGGCGGUGGUGGUGGCGGAGGAUUCGCGUUCGGGCUCGGUUCUGCAGCCGGAGGCGGUGGUGGCGGUGGCGGCAUGGACGUGCAGGUGAACGAGAAGGCCACCAUGCAGAACCUGAACGACCGUCUGGCCACCUACCUGGACAAGGUGAAGUCACUGGAGAAGGCCAACGCAGACCUGGAACUGAAGAUCCGGCAGUUCCUGGAGAGCAAGUCGGGGCCCGCCUCCCACGACUUCUCCGCAUUCGAGCUCACCAUCAGCGACCUGCAGGGCAAGAUCCAGGACGCCACCCGCAUGAAUGGAGGCAUCUAUCUGUCCAUAGACAACGCAAAGCUGGCAGCAGACGACUUCAGAACCAAGUUUGAGAACGAGCUUGCCAUGCGCCAGUCGGUGGAGGCGGACAUCGCAGGGCUGAAGAGGCUCCUGGACGAGCUGACCAUGACCAGAUCAGACCUGGAGAUGCAGAUCGAGGGCCUGAGAGAGGAGCUCAUCUUCCUCAAGAAGAACCAUGAGGAGGAGCUCUUGGCCAUGCGUGCCCAGAUGACCGGACAGGUCCACGUGGAGGUGGACGCGGCGCCACAGGAGGACCUGAACCGAGUGCUGACCGAGAUCCGAGAGCAGUACGAGGGGGUCGCCGCCAAGAACCAGCGCGAACUGGAGUCCUGGUUCCAGACCAAGUCAGAGACCCUGACCAAGGAAGUGGCGGCCAGCACAGAGUCCCUGCAGUCGACUAAGUCGGAGAGCACUGAAAUCAGACGUACGCUCCAGGGCCUGGAGAUCGAACUGCAGUCUCAACUCAGCAUGAAAGCGUCUCUGGAGGGCACGGUGGCGGACACGGAGGGGCGCUACUCCAUGCAGCUGUCGGGGCUGCAGGGUCAGGUGACCAGCAUGGAGGAGCAGCUGGUGCAGCUGAGGGCUAACAUUGAGGAGCAGGGACACGAGUACAAGAUGCUGCUCGACAUCAAGACACGGCUGGAGAUGGAGAUCGGCGAGUACAGGAGGCUGCUGGACGGAGAGGCUAGCGGUUCCCUCAGCUCCAUGUCCAGUGGCAUCUCCAGUAGCAUCUCCUCGGGCGUGUCCUCCACCAUGGUGAAGGUGAAGACCAUCGUGGAGGAGGUGGUGGACGGGGAGGUGGUCUCCUCCAAGUCCUCUUCCUCCAGCCUGGUGGAGUAAAACAUUCCAGAACAUUCUGGAAUGUUCUACAGUAUUCCGCCACCCUGCAUUCUCUGAGACUCCACGCAAUUAAUCACCAAAGAAGGCAUGAGAAACAUCCAACUAUCUACAGUAUGCCCAAGGUCUGUCAUCACCUGUAACCAGAGAGUGAAUAAACAGGACUACUCAUA